AUGUCAGUGCAGCAGAAAUUUAUGUGUGCUUAUUUUAGUAUUCUAGCUCAGGGAGUAUAUUGCAUAUUUAAGUGGUCAGACCUGAUAGCCCUGUUAACUGUCAGUGAUGAUGAAUUCUGGGAGGGAGUUACACCAGUUGAGUUUGGGUCGUUGCCAGCACUUCAGGAUGCAGUCACUGUUGUUGGUUAUCCAAUUGGAGGAGAUACAAUAUCAGUGACAAGUGGUGUGGUCUCUAGGAUAGAGAUACUGUCCUAUGUGCAUGGUUCUACCGAACUUUUAGGGUUGCAGAUAGAUGCAGCUAUUAAUUCAGGAAAUUCAGGUGGCCCAGCUUUUAAUGAUAGGGGCAUAUGUGUUGGUAUAGCUUUUCAGUCUCUCAAACAUGAAGAUGUAGAGAAUAUAGGUUAUGUGAUACCCACCCCAGUUAUCAAGCAUUUUAUUCAAGACUAUGAAAAAUCUGGAGCAUAUACAGGUUUCCCUAUAAUUGGGAUAGAAUGGCAGAAAAUGGAAAAUCCCGAUCUCCGGAAAGCAAUGGGAAUGAAACCUGAUCAAAAGGGUGUUCGUGUUAGGAGAGUGGAACCUACUGCUCCCGAGUCUGGAUGUCUGCAACCGUCAGAUAUUAUUCUCAGCUUUGAUGGAGUUGACAUUGCCAAUGAUGGUACAGUUCCUUUCAGGCAUGGCGAGCGAAUCAGCUUUAGUUACCUUGUUUCUCAGAAAUAUACCGGUGACAAAGCCCUUAUCAAAGUCCUGCGCAACUCAAAAGUUCAUGAAUUUAAAAUAAAGCUAGCGACCCACAAGCGGCUCAUUGCAGCUCAUGUCAAGGGCAGGCCACCAUCAUAUUACAUUGUUGCUGGCUUUGUUUUUGCAGCUGUCUCUGUUCCAUAUCUCCGUUCUGAGUAUGGGAAAGACUACGAAUAUGAUGCACCUGUCAAGUUGUUGGUCAAGCAUUUGCAUUCAAUGGCGGAAUCACCUGAUGAACAGCUGGUGGUGGUAUCACAGGUGCUUGUGGCAGAUAUCAAUAUCGGUUAUGAAGAUAUUGUCAAUACGCAGGUGCUUGCCGUUAAUGGUCAUCCUGUGAAAAAUUUGAAGGACUUAGUGACAACAGUGGAAAAUUGCAAGGAUGAAUUCUUGAAGUUUGAUUUGGAGUAUGACCAGAUCGUUGUCCUGGAGACAAAAACUGCCAAGGCUGCUACCGAGGACAUUCUGACAACGCACUGCAUACCGUCGGCCAUGUCUGAUGACCUGAAGACCUAA